ACGGGCAUCGUUAGUGUCGCAUGGUUUGAGCGUCAUCAGCAGCUGGCGUACAUCAGUGGCGCACGUUGCAAUUGUGAAAUUUUGAUUUACGGUUUUAAAUAUUAAAUUCCCAUGGCGAAUGGUGCAGAAGAAGUUAUAUUUUGUCGUGGGACGGGUGAAAGUGAUGAUUCUGACAUUUGGGAUGAUACAGCUUUAAUUAAAGCAUAUGAUAAAGCGGUUGCGUCGUUCAAGAUUGCACUGAAAGGAGAGGAUAAUGUGACACCACACGAAAAAGAUAACCCUGGGAAGAAGCGGAAAAACAACAAAAAGAGUAAAAGCAGAAAAAGAUGUAACGCAGCACCUGAUAAAGAGUGGCAAGUUGGGGACUCCUGUUAUGCGUUCUGGUCUGAAGAUGGCAACUUGUAUGCUGCUACGAUUUCCUCAAUCGACCAGGAGAAGGGCACCUGUGUGGUCUGUUAUACUGAGUAUGGUAAUGAGGAAGAGCAGAACCUCAGUGAACUUCUGACAGAGGCUUCAGAUUUGGAUGAAGACGGUCAAAAAAACAGCCAGGUCAAAGAGGCUGGGUCUUCGACAGAGGAGAGUGAUCGAUCUUUUACCCCACAGCAGUCCGGUCAUCAGAAGCACAAAUCUAAAGGCAGAUCUCCCAUGGGACCUCCAACAUGGGUUCCUGGUUUCCCACCUGGACCCCCACCAGGACCUCAUUUCCAAAAGAUGGAUGGUAGACGAUCAGAAGGUCCUGGACCUUUCUUCCCUGGAUGGCCUCCCAUGAUUCCACCCGGUCCCCCAAUGAUCCCGCCACCUCCACCGAUGAGUCCAGACUCUCUAGAGGAUGAUGAAGCUUUGGGCAGUAUGCUUAUUUCCUGGUACAUGAGUGGCUAUCACACGGGAUACUAUCUGGGUUUAAAACAAGGUCGUAGAGAGGCUGCUGCAUCUAAGAAGUCACAUCGGAAAUAAAGACCCAGCAGUUGGUUUUUUGUUGAGCGGGAUAUGAACAUGAUGCUGCAGCAGACUUGAUUCCGUGUUCUAUUUUGUAUUGUUUGUAAAUAAAUGAAUUAAAAGUAAUUGUGCUCUUUUC